AUGACUUUGACGCGCAUUGUCAAAGCGGAAAGCGGGCCUCAGACGACUGGAGCCGUGUCGUCUCAUUGGAAAACAGACGUGUUUGCGAGCAGAAAAAAUCUAGCAUGCGCUUGGACCUCGUCCGCACUCUCGAUCCACGCUAUCCAUACUCUGUACGCGAAACUGGAGAACGACUACCCCAAAAAAGAAGAACCACCUGACGACCACCUUGUCGGGACCGUACAACACUCGGUCGUCGACGUUGCAUUCGCUCGUGUGCUGUGGCGUUGGACGAACGGACUAGUCUUGUUCUGCCACACGAAAAGUGCCGUGGCGUCCAAGCGGACCAGGAAAAGAAGUCCAUGCAACGCAUGA